AUGAAUCGAUCUAAUAUUCAUCUUCUGGAUUUCCCUAAUGAAAUAUUACUUAUCAUUUUGAGAAAAUUGAAUAAUAUUGAUGUUCUUUAUUCGUUAGUGGAUAUUAAUAAUGGACCACUUGACAUUUUCGCGCAAGAAAAAAUGUUCACUAAUACUCUCAAUUUCACAUAUACGGAUGAUAUUUCCUUAAUUGAUCGAUACUGCAUCAACAUAUUGCCAAGAAUUAAUCACAAUAUCAAAUGUUUCAUACUUGAACCAGUUCUCUUGGAACGUAUUCUUCUUGCUGCCGUUUAUCCAAAUCUAACUGAAUUUAAACUCUUCAAUUUCGAACAACAAAUAGUUUCAAAAUAUUUUACAGUUGCCAGUGGUGAUUUAUUUCAUAAUUUAUCUCCUGAACGUAUCCAACAAACACUGAUAAAUAUCGGACAACACAAUACGGCUACUAUCGUCAAUUAUCUUAGCAGAUGCACAGCUGAAUGCUCAAUUUUCUCACUGCCUUUUACAUUUGGCUAUUUGAGAUAUCUUGGCAAUAUAUUUCCAAAUAUUGUAUUCAAUUAUGUUACAUAUUUACUGGUGGAAGAUCAUGAUGCAUUUGGACAUGAAUUCUUUGUUCGAAUCGCCCGAUCGUUUCCGUUACUGAAACAUUUACACAUUCUCAAUAUCCAACCGCAGCUAUCGUCAAACCUUACAUUAUCAUCUGACCAUAGUCAAUCAUAUUCAAUAAUUGAAUAUCCGCAUCUUACUUCACUUGAUGUGAUCUGUAGUCUUACAGAUUAUCUUGAGCAAUUUCUAGAUGAAACAAAGGCAUCUGUACCUUGUCUAACCGAAUUGGAAGUGAGCUAUCGUUACUUAAAAACUGUAACAAACAACUUUACAAGAGAAGAAACACGACGCAAUUGUGCUAAGGUGAAAAAACUAAUUGCUAUUGAACAAUUUGAUAAUUCGCAAGAUUUCUAUCAUUAUUUUCCUUCGUUUGAAAUGUAUUCUCGUUUUGAUUGA